CAUGAAUGUCAGUACUGAACGAACGAGCUGAGUGAGAAUACAACGAGCUGAAAUACUCUUUCAAUCACAUAUUACAACGUGCAUAACACCUAAUCGAAAGCAAAUCCUAGCGAUUCCAUAAUAAUGCGUCAAUCUAUCAGUGCCUCAUUCUGGCUGCUCACAUUUGUGGCCUUAAAUGGAGCCUGGGCCCAAGUGCCCUUUCCCGGCCGGUGUCCAGAGGUUAAGAUUGUGGACACUUUUGACUUGAAUGCGUAUAUGGGCGUCUGGUAUGAGUAUGCAAAGUAUCCAUUUGCCUUUGAAAUAGGCAAGAAAUGUAUUUACGCGCGCUACGAAAUCGCCGAUAACAGCACAGUAUCUGUACUAAAUGCGGCCAUUAAUAAACUCACCGGUAACCCAUCGAAUGUGACAGGCACGGCCAAGAUCAUAGCUCCCGGUCAACUGGCCGUGACCUUCUCCAAGAAUCAGCAAGCUAAUAGGGCCAACUAUCUGGUACUGGGCACCGAUUACGAAUCGUAUGCAGUUGUCUAUAGCUGCACCAGCCUCACCCCCCUGGCCCAUUUGAAAAUCGUCUGGAUAUUGACGCGCGACCGCGAGCCCACAAAGGAGACAAUCGAGACGGCCUACAAGGUGCUGGAUGACAAUAAGAUAACCCAAUCUGUGCUGAUCAAUACUGUCCAAAAGAAUUGUCCCGAACUGGAGAGCAAUGGCACAGCUUCAGCUGAGGAGAACAUAUUUGUCAGCAAUGCAUUGCCGCAGGCUAUUGAGGCAGCAUGAGAUUGGCUCCGGCGCUUCAACGAGCGUCUCUUCGAUAUAUUCAUGAACUUCUUAAACAACUAAAUGCAACGGUUUAUAGCAGCUUAAUACUUAUAUCCCUAAUGUAUACUCAGAAAGAACUAUAAAUUGAUUUUUAAAAAAUGCAGAGCAUGUUAGAUAUUAAUGUUUA